CUCCUAGUAGAGGUGCUGGGAUUUAAAAAGGUGCCUGGAGGAGUGUUGAAGAGCAUCAAGGAUUUUUGCUCCAUAUUAUUUUUUUAUUAUUAUUAUUAUUUUUCCUUUACUGGAAUUAAUAAAACUGACCCACAUCAAGGCCUCUACACGUUUUAUUUUUCCACCAAGUCUUAUAUUCUGACCAUGAUGGCCAAUGCUGAACUUUUGACUUGGUCGGAAGCGCACGUGCCAAAGCGCCCGCAGGACAUCCCCCAGUCCGAGCGCGCGACGCUGACCCGCAGUGACCCGCGGGGCUGGAUGAGCGCGCACGCGCAUGCCCCCGCCGCGGCCCGUCCCAGUCAUUACGCGCGCGCCUCGCCCGACGUCACUCCGGACACCUCGCCGGACCCUGUCGCCGCCGUUGCCCCUAAAGAGCAUCCUCUGGGCGCCGCGCACAGGCACCGGCGCGUCGCGGCGAACGCGCGCGAGCGCCGGCGCAUGCACGGCCUGAACCGCGCGUUCGACCGCCUGCGCAGCGUCAUCCCUUCCCUGGAGAACGACAAGAAGCUGUCCAAGUACGACACGCUGCAGAUGGCGCAGAUCUACAUCGCCGAACUGUCCGAGCUGCUCGAGGGCGUUGCGGCGCGUGGCACCGGGGACGCAUCUCGCGCGCGUCGCUGCUUUCAGACGCCGUGCGCCGGUUACGCCGUGGACGCGACGACGACGACAACGACGCCAUCCGCGGCUCCGGUGACCGAAGGACACGUGCUGAUCCUGUCCGCGCCCUCGGCUCACUUUGAUCCCGAAAAAAUGGAGCUCGCGUCGGCCAACGGCAGCGACGGAGAGUCUUCACACUGCAGUGACGCCGAAGAAGGACAUCCGGGAACUCAGUGAGCACCUGAUGGGGAGGGAAAAAAACUGCGUAUAUAUGAGCAAAUGACUGUGUAGUGAUUAUUAAAUACCAAGACACCGAUAUUUUCUAAUGACACUAAAGCUCAGCUGUGAAGCCCCAGGCUGGGUGAAGAGGAAGCCCCUGAAUGGCCGGAAGUAGCUAACACACACCUAAUAGUAAUUUCAAACCUAAAACAGCAUGUAACAGAAUACUUUUUAUUCAUUGCCACACAAUUUAUUUAUUUUUUUACUAACAAAUUUCCAACUAAAAAAAUUUUACUAUUCACAAACAUUCUAGCUAACUUGCCUAACUCCAGUUUGUUGUUUUGGUUAAUGUGAGCUAUCUAUUUAGCUAAUUUGGAUAGCUAACUAACAGUAAGCACCAAGAGUUAAGUCAGUUCGCUAACUGUAUUUAUACCACAUUCACCAUCACUAUAUUCUCGAGUCAGAAGGGGUUGAUUUAUUUUCUAUAACAGCGGCUCUGAUAGUAGCAUAGUGUGGUGAAUAUAUACAUACACACAUAUGGUUAAGCUUUCCUUAAGGAGAGUUUUCCGCCAUGGGAAAGUCUUCACAACACUAAGUGUAUCUAUAAAUGGAUAAAAAGUGUCACAUGUAUGACAGAAAUUACAAUUUCCUGUGCUAUAAGAGUAGUUUCACACUUCUGACUUUCCAACGAGCGGAGACUUCUGUCCAGUCUGAGGCUUUUCCCAGCCGAGGGCUUCGUCUGCAGGGCUGUCGCUGGACGGUGAGAUUCCUAGCUGUGCCAAUCCUGUACUUAAACGAGCUUUUGUUCACAGAUUUUACAUAAUAUCAUUAAAACAGGGCGUUAUCAGUAAUUGCACUGUAAACACACUUCCCUUUACUUUUAUUGUUCUCAUUUUUACCGUCUCGUCUUCUGUUCAAACAGCCACAUCGAUUGUUUUUAUCUGGGACGCUCGAGUGUUUACUCAGUGUAAACUAGUUUAAAGUUUUACAAAAGAAGCUCACCUUAACUUCACUUUUAUUUUCUAGCUCACCCUUCAUCUCAUUUCUGAUUUCUUUCUCUUUUUCUUCUUUGUUUUCUAGGAGAAAGGCAUGAUUAGCCUACAAUAGCCCAUUUAAAUAAAGAGUCUGUGUACAGGACAGACUGAACCAUUUGUGUCUUUAAAAAAGAAAGGACAGAAAAGCCUACAGAAAUAUUUUUUUAGCAUUAGAGUCAGCUUAUUUAUUCUACUAAUAUUAGUGUGUUUAUG